UCCCCCAGCCCCCGCAUGGAAAUAGUAUUAUUAAACUUGACCUUGCAUCCCAGCUCCCGACAGGGCCCCAACUCCGCUAAACUGAAGCAUGCUAGCUGGGUGACGACCAUAGGGGACCCUGCAGCUGCCAUCCUACAAAGGGCAGUGUCCGGGCCCAGGGGAAGGAGCAGCGGGCAGGUUCGCGGGAACCGAGGGCGGCCCAGCUUCGAGCCCUGCGGCUUUCGCCCGCGGGAGCGAGAGCCGGCUGUAGGCGGCUCCUUCCUGUGCAAACUUUUCUGUCCUCUUCCUCCUCCCGCCCUCCCCAUCAGCUUCUCGGCGCCCGGCGUCCAGCCUCCCCGCCCUCGUCGCUGCCUCGGGGUCGCCGCGCGCCCAGCAGCGCUGUCGUCCGCGCCGGCCCCACCCCGCUCUCCCGGCCUCCGGGAGCCGAUGGCCGAGGCGGGCAGGAGCCCCGCGGAGCUCCCGAGAGAGCCGCCCGAGCAGGCGGCGGCUGAGGUCCCCGAGGCCGAGGCACCCGCCGGGCCGCCAGCGCCCGCCCUGCGCAGGCUGCCAGGGGACCUGAGCCCCCGCGGCCGCUCGCAGAGCGACUUGUCGUCGUGCUCGAGUCGGGGCCGCCCCCUCCGCGUCCACAUCUCCGGCUCAGUUGAUGGACUGGACAAAGCUUCUAUAGCAAACUCAGAUGGCCCAACAGCAGGUUCCCAAACACCUCCCUUCAAGAGAAAGGGGAAGCUCUCCACCAUCGGUAAAAUCUUUAAGCCUUGGAAAUGGAGGAAAAAGAAGACCAGUGACAAAUUUAGAGAAACAUCAGCAGUAUUAGAAAGGAAGAUUUCCACAAGACAAAGUAGAGAGGAGCUGAUAAGAAGGGGAGUUCUUAAGGAAUUGCCUGAUCAAGAUGGAGAUGUAACAGUUAACUUUGAAAAUUCAAACGGGCACAUGAUACCCAUCGGAGAGGAGUCUACCCGAGAGGAAAAUAUAGUAAAAACUGAAGAAGGGAAUGGCUCUGUAGCUGAAAAAGCACCACCUCUGGAGGAAAAGGCAGAAGAUAAGAAAGAGAACACUGAAAACCACUCUGAAACACCGGCAGCUCCUGUUCCACCUCCUCCAGCUCUUCCUAAGCCUAAACCCAAACCUAAACCCAAAAAAACACCUGUGCCUCCAAAAGGGGCCGCUGCCGGGGCCAGCCCCAAGGGUGAUGAAGUGCCUCCUAUUAAAAAAAAUACCAAGACUCCUGGUAAGCAGGUCCCUGUCCCUCUACCCAAGCCAACAAGCCGAAAUGCUACCCGAGAGGCUGCUGGUUCCUCUCAUUCAAGAAAAACAACUGGCUCUAAAGCAUCAGCUUCACCGUCUACUUCCUCCACCUCAUCUCGUUCCAAAGCUUCAAAGGAGACCGUUUCUAGCAAAACGGGGACAGUGGGAAUCACAAAGGGCAAGAAAAAAACUGGCAAGCAGCUGACGUCUCAGCCAUCCUCAGAUGCAACCACUUCUGGCACAUCUGACCUUAAAGGAGAGCCUUCCGAGCCCCGGGUGGAGAGUCUCAAACCUGAGCAGACUGUCCCUGAGACGGAGGAGCAGACCACAGGCAAAGCCAAGUCUGCAGUCCCUCUGGCCCCUGUGGCUCCCCCACCCCCUCCCCUGCCCCCUCCGCUCCCGCUGGAGGACCAGAGCAUCGUUGCCUCAGACACUCCUGUCGUCCUGGUCAGCAAUGGAGCUGACCUGCCCGUCCCUGCCUUCGACCCAAGUCAGCUUCUCUGGACUGAAGAGCCGACAGGCAGAACUACUGUCCAUUCAGGCACUGGCUUAAGUGUUAGCAGAGAAAAUGGAAAAUGUUUCUCUACCAAAGAUGAGCUGGGGAAGGCAGCGCCUCAGCUCCUGACUCCUGGGCUGAUGGGAGAAUCUUCAGAAUCUUUCAGUGCCUCAGAGGACGAAGGCCCAAGGGAGUACCAGGCCAAUGACUCUGACUCUGAUGGACCCAUCCUGUACACUGACGACGACGAUGAUGAAGAGGAUGAGGAUGAAGACGGCAGUGGAGAAAGUGCUUUGGCAAGUAAAAUACGACGAAGGGAUACUCUUGCAAUCAAACUCGGCAACAGACCAUCUAAGAAAGAAUUAGAGGACAAAAACAUCUUGCAGCGAACAUCUGAAGAGGAGAGGCAGGAAAUCCGACAACAAAUUGGAACCAAGCUAGUCAGGAGACUUAGCCAGAGGCCCACAACUGAAGAAUUAGAACAAAGAAAUAUCCUGAAGCAAAAGAAUGAAGAAGAAGAGCAAGAAGCAAAAAUGGAACUUAAACGCAGACUCAGCCGAAAGCUCAGCCUGAGACCCACAGUGGCAGAGCUGCAAGCUCGAAGGAUCCUGCGGUUUAAUGAGUAUGUAGAAGUCACCGAUUCGCCAGACUAUGAUCGCCGAGCAGACAAGCCUUGGGCCAGGUUAACGCCUGCAGACAAGGCCGCAAUAAGGAAAGAACUAAAUGAAUUUAAAAGCACGGAAAUGGAAGUUCAUGAAGAAAGUCGACAGUUUACCAGGUUCCAUCGUCCUUAAUGAAGCACGAGACUCUUUGGAAACAGACUGAUCAUCUUUGGGGGAAGCCUCAGUUCCUGAAAAUCUGAUAUUGCACUGGGAUGUGAAUGUGUGUGUUUCCGUUUAACUUGUGGUGAAGGAAGCAUGUGGAAUGUUCUCCCCACCUGUACAGCUUGGAUGGGGAUCACAAGCAAAGGGAAGGGUGCAGCGCCCCUGCUGGUCAGCAUGUGAACUGAUGGUAAGGGACACCAUAGUUACGCCCGUUCUUCUUCAUCAGGAGUUUUAAUCAAAGACGCGCAGAAGACAAUCGCUGGUUCCCUGUUGCCAGAAAGCCAAAUUUUAGAGUGCGAGUUAAAGGAGAAUGGGGAAUGGAAUUUCUGAGUACUGGAAAGGGGUGGGGGAUUAAAAUCAGAAAGAAAGAGAAAUACUUCAUUAUGUUAAUGAAAAAAGGAAAUUGAAUCAUAGGUGUAUUUUUGAAGUAGGUUUUUAGUAGUUGAGAACUUAUAUAAGGGAUUUGGGAAUUUAAAAACCCAACGUGGAUUUCCUAAAGACCUGAUCCUAGAAGAAUAUUCCCGUUUCGCCAUGAUAUUGGUACAGUGUAGUACCAUUACUUUUUGUUGUGCCAGUGAAUCCAAUUGCCAGAAAUCAGUCCGAGUGUUUUCAUGUAUCAUUUUCCUAAAUGCAAGAGGCUUUUACUGACUCUUAAUAAGCAUGCUUACCCAAGUUUUGUUGCAUGCUUUAAGUAGCAUAGCUAUACACACUUUACAUUUUUAAAAAUACUCCUUACCUAAUGUACCAACCUUCCAUAAGGAUAGCAGGACUGGGAAUAAAGUCAGAUGGAAUGUGACCCUGUAAAUCUAUAGCAAGCUUUAGAAAUAAAUCUUUUGGGCUUUCCCUAGCUUAUCUCCCAAGUUGGAACAAUCAUCCUUAAUCUAAGGAAGAUGGUAUAGACAAUCAUGGCACCUUUAUAAAAAGUCUGAAUCCAAAGUUAAAACUUAGGCAAAAUGCAACUGUUUUGCCCGCAGUUAGCUCUGAAUGGGGAUGGAAAGAACUAUUUAUUUUCCAUGCUAUGUUAAGUAGGAUGGCUGCUAUUAAAAAUAAAUAAAUAAAUAAAGCCCAUGGAUUAAAAAAAAAAUACUCACCCAAAGACUUAGAACACAGAAAAAUUUUGCUAAGUUGUGAGGAAAACCUCAUUUGGUAUUUUAAGAGUCAGCAGAUUGCAUCCAUAAAUGUAGUGUUGACUUUCAAUGCAAAAGAAUCAGUGAGAUUAAAGUUAUGGGAAGAUUUCCCUAUGAGCCUGCCGUCAGUAUUGUUUACAUUAAGACACCCUCUGUUGUCAUCUUGCUGUUUUCCAUGGAGUCACAGGCAUAGCAUGGCUUCUGUUCCCAAGUACAUAGGACCACAUGUAUAUACCACCUUGCAUUUAAUUGUUCUUUCAUGAUUGUUUUGUGCCCCUUUUAUUAAAAACACAUGAGAUGUACAAUAAGCAAAGACGUAAAUAGACUUUAUUUUAUUCUGAGUUUGGACUAGAAUUUUCUGACAUGAUUCUGGUUUAUUAUAUGUAAAACUGUAACUUCCAAUUUCAACUAAAAAAGCAAACAUUUCGGAGUUGCCUUCGUGACUCAGCGGUUAACGAACCUGACUAGGAUCCAGGAGGAUAUAGGUUCAAUCCCUGGCCACACUCAGUAGGUUAGGGAUCCAGCAUUGCCUUGAGCUAUGAUGUAGGUCACAGACGUGGCUUGGAUCCCGAGUUGGUGUGGCUGUGGUGUAGGCCAGCAGCUGUAGCUCUGAUUCAACCCCUAGCCUGGGAACUUGCAUAUGCCUCAGGUGCAGCCCUAAAAAGCAAAAAAAAAAAAAAAAAAAAAAAAAAAAAAAAAAAAUGCAAACAUUUCAUCUAGUGGAUGAAUCUGGAUCCUACCAUUCAUUUAUACUUGAAAGACCCACUUGAAAUUAGAUGAUUUUGCAACUAAAAAAGGUAGGCAGCAUUGUUGCACCUCUUGCUGUACUCAGCCAUGGGCAUUAAUAAAAUAAAACUAGAAUUCUCCACUAUUGUCAUUUCAUUGAUAGAAUAAGACACAUUUUUUGCUUUGAAAACAUUUUUCUACUUGCCCUGCUGGAAGUUUUCUCUAUUUCAUAAUGUUUCAAUGCAGUCAUAGACUUUAACUAUGUUCCAAUUUUUUGCUGAAGUUGUGUUUUUCCUUAUAUCGUUUUGUUGUCAUUUUAGCGUCUUGGGAAAAAUACUAAGGAAUGUAGUGUUAUUUUCAUUUUCUCUACCUAAAAUCUUAAAACAUUGUUUUGAUUUCUAAUCACAAAACCUCUGUAAAAAUGGUAAAUAUGACGUUUAUCACUGUUUUAUCACUGAAGAUACACAUUUUAGAAAGUCUCUCUUUGGUUGAUAAAAGGAACCAAAAUGUGAUACAAUUUUUUUUAUUCCCAAUAGUGAGAUGUACACAGUACAAAAAUGAAACUCUGGUCCCUCAAUAUAGUUUUCCUUGUAUGACAUGUCACAUUUAUGACAUACUACUCAUACUUUUACUUCUAGUGACUGACAUCUUAAGGAAAGGUUUUAGAAGUUUAAAAUUCAAAAAAAUUAACCACUACUAGUUUAAUACUUACGUAUUAGAACCAUGAAUUAUUUCUUUAAAUAAAAAGCCAUGUAAAGAGUAGAAGCAUUAUGAGCUAAGCUAUAUUUUGCAGAAUGAAGCUUUAUUUUAACAGCUAAUUUUAAAGGGCAGUAACAUUGCAUAUCUACCCUAGUAGCCCAUCUGGAGGGCUCUUGCCUGGCAGCCUUAAAAGAAUGCAGAAAUGUGGACCACUCGCCAUAGCAUUAUGUAUCUGCCUAAUGCCAGCCUUCUGCAGUCCAACCAAUAAGCUGUGGUUCUGUGAAAGUACAUGGGUAUGUGAAUGGGGUUGUUGUAACACAACACCAGAGUUUUCCCAAUUGAAAGUGCAACAUUAGGCUGACAUAGAAGAAGCCAGUAGGUUUUCCUGAGUCCCCGAGAUAUGAUUAAGGAAAGAAACAAAUCCGUCUCCAAAAAGGUUCCAGGCAGGAAAGAACUAGACAGACUGUAAAAAACCAGAGUGGCCAUUUUCAUCCUUUUUUAAAUGCAGAAAACGAACGUGAACAUUAAGAUAGUAAGAAGAUGUCAUGAGCUUUAUCAGCAUCUUCAUGGUCAUUACCAGUCAGUCUGACAAAACUAGUUCUCUGGUAAUUAGCGUUAAUUUUGGGCAGCCCUGCCUGAUAAUUUCCUGUGUGCGUGAAAUAUCUUGCAUUCUUUUUUGCUCAAAACAAUUUACCUUUAUGUUAAUUCCUAAAAUUAUUCAAAUGAAAUCCAUAAUAAUCUGAGUACUAUUUUGGGUAUUUGAACAGCUCUUUUGAAUGGAGGAAAAAGCACACUCAUCUAUCUGAUUUACCCAGAAAAACCAACUUUAUUAGCACCAUAAUCAUAUCCUUUAUUAGCAUCAUGAUUGUAAUCAUGUAUCUUUCUCUUACAUUAGUAAAUAUAUUCUGUUAGUAGAAAGGUCUGAAUGUAAGUGAGUAUCUGUUUAUUUAGAGGAGUUGAAUACAGCCUUUCAAAAAUCACCACAUAUGAAGAAUGUGAGAUAAAUCCUGAAAACCCAUAACCUCAGAUUUUACAACCUGCAAUUAAUUCAGUGCUGCAUUAGCACUUUAAAAAAUACAGUAGGUUACGCUUGAAAGAGAGAAAAGUGCUGCAUUAACACUGCCUAUUCUAACGUAUACCACAUCUUAACACACAACAGGCAAUGUAUUUAUACUUAAUAUAAUGAGACACAGAUUUCACAAAUUAUACUGUAUUCACAAUAGAAAGCCUCAGGCUUAUUUUUCACAGUGAGAGUUCUUCAAAAAUUAUGUCUUUAAGAAGUCCCAGCAGCACAUUUCACACAGAGAAAUCUUCCUCAGAGGAGGUGAGAGGAAUCAAGCUAGUACAAGAUACACAAAUUUAUAUCAUUGCAUCAGUAUAGUAGCUUAAACAUUCCUAAAUCCAAUCAUGUUAUUAAGCCUAACAUUACUAGUGAAAGUUUAUACUUUGAGACAAGAAUUAAUAAUUUCUUCAGGGAGUUCCCAUUGUGGCUCAGCAGGUUAAUAACCGGCUAGUAUCCAUGAAGAUGCAGGUUUGAUCCUUGCCUUCCUCAGUGAAUUAAAGAUCUGGUGUUUCUGUGAGCUGUGGUGUCAGACGUGGCUCGGAUCCCACAUUGCUGUGUCUGUGGCGUAGGCCAGCAGCUGCAGCUCCAAUUCUACUCCUUGCCUGGGAAUCUCCAUAUGCCACAGGUGUGGCCCUAAAAAGGAAAAAAAAAAAAAGAAUUAAUUUCUUCACAUCAUUAGAGAAUGCUAUGAGCACUGAGAAACAAUGAAGAUACAAUUAUUUACCAAGUUUUCCCUUAAGCCCUUAAAAUGGCUAAUCUUCCACUAUUAGGUAUUUGAGUAUAUAUCACAUUGUUUUAUUUGACAAAGCAGAAUGAACUUCUAGAGCUGAAAUAUGUCUUAGAGGGGAAUGCAACAGCAAAUCAAAUUAAUAGGACCAUCUUUCUAAGAGAAAGCACAUCUCCAGAAAGUUGAAACACGAGUUUCAAUGACCAGCAUGAGCCUCUGCUGUAAUUUGGGAGUGAUGCACGGGUGGCAGGACAAAGGAAGAAUCCUCUGGAACCAUUCUUAUUUUCACUUUCUGUUUACUUUUUGUAGUGGUUAAGCUCAAGCUCUUUAUGGAAAUGCAAACCACUGGUAUUGUUCCUAGAAAACAACUUACCGAUUUUUCAAAGACAGGGUCAUCUCAAAUUAAGAAAUCCUAUUGUAUACACUGUAAGAUUUCUAGGAGAAAAAAACAAGGAGACACCUUUUCCCACUGAAAGCCAACCCCACAGGCAUAUGGGUCAUUUUUUAGCUGUGUUAGGAUCUACCGCACACACAAAAAAUGUCAUUUAGCUUGUCACCUUGCUAGCAUAGCUGCAACAUGAGCAAAGGACUCGCACAGGUGUUUCUCAGUGUGGGUACUAUUGGCAUUCAGAGUCAGGCAGUUCUUUGUUGUGGAGGAAUGUCCCACACAUUGCAAGAUGUUUACUAUCUCAGGCCCUGAUGACUAAAUGCCAACAGUAUGUGCAGUCACCGUAAAUACAGAAAGUAAAAAGCACUCCCCCGGGUUCAAAUCCCCUCCUAGGAGGGCAGUACCUCCUCCCUUAAAUACCACUGUCUAUUGCAAUUUGAGGACACAGGAAAAAGUGUCUAUUUCAAAACAUCAUCUUGACUGCCUUGCAUUUCUUUGACCCCAAACAAUUUCUUCUCCCCUCAUUUUUCCAGUCCUCUGCUUUGAAUCAGCUUUAGUUUGCCAGUUCUUCAAACUUGGGGUUAUUGGGUGGUCCUGGCAGUUCCAAUGGGCAUAGUCACUUGGUUAGUCCCUGUAUGUACUAAAAGGAGAGAUUUUAGUUUCAAAUUAAGCAAACCCCCCCCUUUUUUUUUUGCACCUCACAGUUUUCUCUCAGAUGUACCCUGUUAGUCAUAAUCCUUGUCGAUGUCAUGCAGAGCCUUGCAUGGCUUAAUCACAAACACGACAGCUAACAAUCCACAUAAACAAAACUGGUGGUCUAUGAAAAUCAUCAUUGGAUUUCACCUGGUAAACCGCAUCCCAUGGAUUCCCAAACAACUGCCUGUUUAUUCUGUUAAAGAAGCAUUUAGUCCACGUGCAAAGGCUUGAAUUCCCCCUGCAUCAAUAUAGUCAUGCAGUUCCACUUUUCUCAGAUUGAUGAAUACUAAAUUAUGAAGUUAAUGAGGGUGAACUGUGAAUUGCAUGCAUGUCAUUCAUACUUGAGCAAUGACCAUACACAAAACAAGAUGAGUUUUACCUAGGUGAAACCUUAUUAUACUAUACUAACAACAUAGAAACAUACUCUUUGUAACUUUUUAUGACCAAAACGGAAUGAUAUAUAUGUCUUGAAAUUAUUCGAUGAAUUGUGGCUGACAGAUGGAAUUAAGUUAGCCACUUUAAUUUUUUUCAAUAUUAAAAUUUCUAAACAUGUUUUUCGAAGCAGAGCAGCUCAGAGUCGAUAACGGUCAUUAUAUUGUGAACUUUUAGGUGGUGCUUAAGAAUUCUUAUUCAAUACCAGUAUUUUUUUUUUUUAAGAGUAAGUUGAAGGGAGUAAAUGAGGCAGAAUGCCACUCCACCCUCAGGUCAAUUUUGUGGUAUAUGAAAAUGCCAAUAAAUACUUGUGCCACUUGCCAAUUGGGAGGGCUUUUCCCUUCCUGGACGUUUUGUUUUAGUUCGACUUUGUGUCACAUUGCUUAGAGAGCGUCCACAAGGAGAAGUUGCCGUGGCAACGCCAACUAGAGUUCAAAAACAACCUGAGUGAUCUAGGGUCAAACCACUUUCAUCCCUUAAAAUAUAGGCACUAAUUUUCAUUUUUUAGAAUGUAUUUCUUCUGUGGCUUAGAAAUGUGCCAAUAUGUUCAAAACAUUCUGCACCGAUUUCACCAGACUUAGUACCUACUAAAAACUCAAACUCGUCGUUUUUUCUUCUAUGUAACGGUGACUUUUAAAUAAAGGACUAUAUGCAUUUUGUUAUUUCGAGCUUUGGUGAACAUGAUAAGAAUAAUGAGCUGUGAUCGUUAUCAGACUGACUGAAUGAUUCCUAAUUUCCAAUGAUUGAUCUCAUCCUGUAUUAAAUUGCACAGGUAUCAUAUCUGUGGCUGUAAAUAACUGGAACUGUAUGCUGAUUAACAUGACAGUUUCUCCUUUUUUGGUUGUUCUUAAACCUGUACUGUAUUAUAGAAUGUGGGUAUAAAUAUCUACAAGUAUAAACACACAUGUAUAUGUAAUUCCACUAUUGUAGCCUGAAAGACUAUGUAUUAUCUUUUUUAUUCUAUAUUGGUGUUUGUGUUAUUUAAAAAGCAAAACCAUGCUCUAUUUAGUUGUAUAAUAUUACAGGAUACUUUGUUGUGCACAAUUCCAAGUGCCUUAGAACAUUGUUUAGCUUUCUUAAGUAUAUAUAAAUACAUUAAAUACAUAUAUGUAUAAAAUUGGAAAAAGUUACCUCAAUAAAAUCAUUGGGACAUCCCCAGC